GAGGGACUAAUAUCUAAAUAACCUUCUCAUGAGGUUGAAAUUUGGUAAUCCCUCCCUCUCGAUUCUUAUCGGAGCCGUAGGAGGAAUAAUUGUACUUGAGACGUAUCUCAAGUGUACUUGUCUUCUUCGUUUGAAACCCCUUUCUCAUUCUUCUCAUGGCUAAACAACACCAUUCCUCCUCUUUAUUCCACUCUAAUCUCCAUGGCCAUUCCCAAACAAUCCUCUUCAAGCUUGAGUCUCCUUUCUUCCUUCACUUUUCAUGGAUUUCUCCACUCUCCUCCCCUUCUCCAAAUCCCCCUCUCCUCUUCUCUCCUCUCAUCGAACCCUCCUCCUCUCUUCCCCCUCCUUCAAAAAUCACCAACAUGGGAGAAAACCCAUUUGGAAAAAACUCAAUUGCAGCUCUAAACAUGCAGUCGCGGAUCAAAAUUGUGCUGCUAGCUAUAUUGAACGCCAACUGCUUGAUGAUUUUCCUCAAAGAGAGCAUUCAUCGAAUUCUCGGUCUCGAAUUGUUGAGCCCAAGUUUGAGAUGAGUCUUUCUGAACUCAUUCAGAAGAUUGGUAUUGGUCCUGUUUUGAUUCGAGGUGACCCUGAGGUCUUAGUCUCCGGGAUUAAGAAUGAUUCGAGAGAGAUAAAUCCUGGUGAUCUCUUUGUUUGUUGUGCUGGGUACAAAACCGAUGGGCAUUUGUACAUUCCUGAAGCAAUUGAGAGAGGGGCAGUUGCAGUUGUGGCUACUGCGCAUGUCAAUGUAGGUGAAAAAUUAGGCUCUACGGCUCUAGUACUAGUAGAGGACACCAAUUUGAUACUCUCUAUUCUUGCUGCAACUUUUUAUCAAAACCCGUCGAAGAAAUUAUCUGUUAUUGGCAUCACUGGAACAAAUGGUAAAACCACAACCAGUCACUUGGUAAAGGCAAUUUUGGAGGCCUCGGGCACUAAGACUGGAAUGUUGGGCUCUGUUGCCUAUCAUGUUUGUGGGAAUCACCAGCUGGAAGCUCCAAAUACAACUCCUGAUGCAGUGACAGCCCAGAAAUUGAUGGCAAAGAUGGUUCACAAUGGGACCAAAGCUACAGUUAUGGAGGUUUCUUCAAUAGGAUUGGCAGUUGGCAGGUGUGAUGAGAUAGAUUUUGAUGUUGCAGUGUUCAUGAAUUUGACAAGAGAUCACCAUGAUUUUCAUAAGACUGAAGAGGAGUAUAGAAAUUGCAAGGCUAAGUUGUUUAGAAAGAUGGUCAAUCCGCUAAAGCAUCGGAAAAUUGUGAACAUUGAUGAUCAAAAUGCACCAUUUUUUAUUGCUCAAGGGAACCCUGAUGUUCCUGUGGUUACCUUUGGAAUGGAGAACAAGGAGGCUGAUGUGUACCCUUUGAAGAUUGAGCUCUCACUGCUCAAGACAUGGGUUGCAGUUAAGACACCGAAGGGGGUAUUAGAAAUUUCUUCAAAUUCGAUUGGAAGGUUCAAUGUAUAUAACAUUCUAGCUGCAGUGUCUGUUGGGAUUGCUGUAGGUGUUCCGAUGGAGGACAUUGUGAGAGGUAUCGAAUGUAUGGACGGGGUUCCUGGUAGGUUUGAGCUGAUAAAUGAGGGCCAAAAUUUUACAGUAGUUGUGGACUAUGCACAUUCACCAGAUUCAUUUUUUAGGCUAAUGGAUGCAGCAAGGGAGCUUGGGGCACAGAGAAUUAUUACUGUGUUUGGAUGCGCUGGGGAAACUGAUAAAGGAAAGAGACCAAUGCUGACAAAAGUUGCAACUGAGAAAAGUGAAGUGGUUAUUCUGACAACCGGCAACCCAAAGUCAGAGAAUCAAAAGGAAAUCUUUGAUGACAUGUUGGCUGGUGUUGGAUGGACCAUGAACGACUAUCUGCAGUAUGGUGAUAAUGGUCGCUACCCAGUUCUUCCAAAUGGUCAUAGGCUUCUUCUACAUGAUAUCAGAAGAGUAGCUAUCCGGGCAGCUAUAGCCAUGGGAAAGGAAGGUGAUAUAAUUUUUGUCCUAGCCAGAGGCCACGAAUCAUAUCAAAUUAGAGGUGAUAAGAAGACAUAUAUUGAUGAUAGGGAAGAGUGCAGAGAAGCAUUACUGAAUCUUGACAAGUUGCAUAGGGCAGGUAUGGACAAGCGAUUCCCCAGGAUGGUUACUAGAGAGUCUUCAACAACUUUCUCCAGCGAGGUUGAAGCUUGGUAUUCAUUUGCAGGUCAAUAAGCUCCCUGUAGUCAGAAAACACAUGGUGUAGUUUUUGCUUUUGCCUAGUUUUGAUGAGAACUAACUGGAACUCAAGUGCAUGCAAAAGAAGAAAGAAACAAGCGGACAGAAAAUAUAUAUAUCAGAAUUCGGGAUUUAUUAUCUGCAAA